AUGACUCUCGAAAGGCUUUUGCGAGACAGGAUCAAAGACGAGUUGGAGGAUGCGGGCUUUGCCAUCACUCACCCGGAGGAGCGGACGGAGCUCCGGCGGCUCUUGGGCGGGCCAGAAGGCGAGGCCUUGGUGAACAGCGCCUCCAGGGAAUUGCAGCAGGUGCUGGAGACGGGGCAGCCCUUGCGGGAGCUCUCUUCUCUGAGGGUGUCAGGCCGCGCUAAAACGGCCUACAGCACCUGGAAGAAGAUGAAGAAGAAGCGCCUUGAGUUCCAGCAAGUCUGGGAUCGCUCUGCCAUCCGAGUGAUUCUGGAUGCUCCUUCCGCCGAGCGGGCCGAGCAGCUGUGCUACGAGGUCCGCGAUAUCAUCGCCCAGAUGUGGCCCUUGAGGGACAAGCAGAAGGACUACAUCGGCAAUCCGAAGUCCAACGGCUACCGUUCCCUGCACCUGGUGGCGCAGCGCGCGGGGCAGCCCUUUGAGGCUGGGGCGCGGGCCUUCACCCCCCUCCGGUUGCCGCUCAUGAGCUGGCUGCCAGAGCUGCGGCUGGUGGUGGCCGAGUUUCUGCUCACCACCAUCUGGGUCUUCGUGUCGCAGGAUGCCGCGCUGUCGGCCACCGCGUGUCUGCCCAGCUGUGGCAGGCGAACUGGCGGGCCUUGCCCGCCGCCGACCUUGAACGUCCAGGUGUCGUUGGCAACUGGCUUCGCGGCUGCGGUGGCCUGUGGCCUCACCUUCGCACCUAAGGGGAACCUGGGGGGCCACUUCAACCCUGCGGUCUCCUUGACGCUGGGCCUGGCCGGGGCUGUGCCUCCGGCACGCGUAGCGGCCUUCAUUGUGGCGCAGCUGUUGGCGUCUCUCCUGGCGACAUGCCUGGCCAUGGUGGUGGUCGGCAGGCCCUGCAUGGAGGACAACUUCACCAUGAUGAGCGACAUCAUGGGCCCCACGAUGCCCCGGCUUUUGCUUUUCACCAUCCUGUCCCUGGUCAUCGUUCUGGUUCCUUUAUGGGCGCAUGAGCGGCAGGGGAGUAUGGCGGUGCCUGUGCUGGUAGGCUUCUCCUAUAUCGCCUGCAGUCUGGCGGGCUUGCCGCAGCUCAUGGAUGUGCCCAACCUCCUGAGGUCCUUUGGGCUGCUCCUCAUGGGCGUGAGGUCCUGGAACAUGUGCUGGCCGACAAUGGUGGGCAGCAUCUUCGCCGCUCUGCUGGCCGUGGCGGCCGACCGGGUGGUGUUCGCUCCCGAUCCAAAGCGCGAGGAGGAUUCCGAUGAGGAAGACUCCCACGCGAUGUGA